AUGGAAGGUCCUCGAUGGAUUUGGGAUGAAAUGGCUGACCAAUGGAUACGUAAUGGGCCCAUAAAGCGUUGUUUACAUGGUGGAAGUGUAGCGGAUUUGUUUGGCAUAACUAAGGAUCAUACUUCAAAUUACUUGUUUGACAUGAAAUUUUAUGAAAACGGAGACUUACAUUCAUAUAUUGAUGAAACUUAA